AGAAUAUAGCCUUCUUCAUUACAAUCAUCAUCGAUGAACAGCAGAAAUAAUUCGAGAUCUCCACCGCCACGGGGAUACAGAGGAUAUGACUAUGAUAGGAGGCCGCCACCAGGUCCUAGAAGCUAUGGUGGGGGAUACAACUACUACAGCGAUAGAGGAGGUUAUAGUGACAGAGGCGGCUACAGCGAUAGAGGUGGAUACAGUGAUAGAGGUGGAUAUGACAGAGGUGGCUAUCGCGGUGGUGGAUACAGAAGACCGUUUUAUAGACCAAGUCCUGGAUGGCGUGAUGACCAUUUCAGUAGGAGCAGACCGCCUAGGAGUCCACCGCGGUACAUUCCCUCUCGAAAGCCUUACAGCGGUGGUAGAGGUGGAUAUAGAGGUACAGCUGGCAGAGAUUACGAUGGCUACCAUUCGCACCACUACAAUAACACACACAGACCACCACCAAUUAAUACGUCCUAUGACUCGCCCCUGCCUUCUCCCAGCAGCGUGAGAGAAGUCAUCACGAGAGAUCACGACGACGGCGAAGAGGGCGAAUUGAAGGAGGAAUUCCCAGUCGUUGAACCGCAUCAAGCGAGACCGCGAAUCCCAUCUGCGAGCGCUACUUUCCAUCAACGCAAAUCGAGUUACUCGCCAACGACUAAUUCAAGGAGUCCACGAACACCCGAAGUAACAACAUUUGAAGACAAACCAGGCAGGUUCCAAACUAAGACGAAAAUAUCGACGACAAGUAUAACCAAGGAAAUCGUCUAUCCAGAAAGUCCACCAAAACCAACGCGUGAGGUGAAAAUCAGACAAAGUUAUACUCUUGAUCUCGAUGAACAACUCGAAAAGCUCAAACAGGAGAGGACUAAGGGCGUUGAGACCGGAAGACUGAAUGAUAUCGCCACUUCACACUCUAUCAAUGACCUCAGGUUCUACGAUAUUGAGCUAGCAGGUCAGAAGUUAAAGUCAAGCAUAUGUGAUCAGCAAUGUGUAGCUGACUAAUUUUGUAUUAUAAUUUGUAUUUAUAUUGCUUUGACCGAAAAUUGCUUUGUCUCGAACGAUGGAAUUGAAAUUGAAACUGGAAUCAGGGGAUACUAUACCAAUCUCCGAUAAUCAGAAAAUAGGCAGGAAGCUUUUCAAAGACUAUCCCCAGUCUAAGACUAUUUCCAAAAACCAUGGACAGAUUUAUCUGGACAGAUACUUAGUCAUGUACGAAGAUCUAGGCAGUUUGCACGGCUCAUACAUUAUCAAAGAUGGAAAGCCGAGCAAGAUUACCCCUUAUGAGCCGCUCGAAAUUGGGAGGGGUGUGAAAUUGCAAUUAGCUAAGCAUUUGCAAGCACACGGUGGUAGAUACAAACCAAUGACUUUCACAGUCGAGGCAGAGCCAGAUUUCCGUUCAACCUCAUUUUCAGCUAGAUUCAGUGAUAUCAUGGACAGCGAUGAUAUCGAGGAGGUUUCCAGCAACAAACAAAGUGACAAUAAGAAGCCUUUGGUCGAGAAAGUCGACAGCGGUGAACUCUCUGAUGAUUCAGAACUCUUCGAGCCUUCCAGUAUUCGGAACUUGACGAACGAUUGAAUGAGUUAGAAUGCAUAAUAGCCGAGCACGAUGGGUCUCUCGAAAAAA